UAGUUUGCUGCCUGCGUCAUCACCAACCUACUGAUAACCGCCUCCUGUCAGAGUGCCGCUGUGUCUGAGGAGAAAAACUGACUGACGAGAUUAUUACGAAAUAUUGCUCCAUGUCUGGCGUUAUUAAUUAUUAAUUAACGUUAUUUAUUAAGCUGGGCAACGAUGGAAGAAGGUUUACGGUUUUAACGUCUAUUUAUCCUUGUGGAGCUAUGCUAGCUGUGUUGUUUGGUAGGUUGUUAGCCUCAAGCUAACAAUCCCUCGUUAGCCUCAAGCUAACAAUGCACGAGAAAAAAUGCAGCGCGUAAAUCCAGGGUAAAAGCGAAUUAACGCAUUUGUAUUAUAUUCUAUUUCCACAUGCAAACGUGGACCUGUGAAAGUGAUCUGUUUUUGUUAAGCUGCUUAAUGACACAACGCAUCUUCACUCUAAUUUUGUCUUAAAUGUUGUUGACACCUUUUACUUCAGUGCGUUUUACUUCAGUGACUGACUUUAUGUUUCUUGGCCACAACAUGAUUGUUGUUUUUUUUAUUUACGAGUGUCACUGACAGAAAGCUUGAAUCCAGACGGAUCCUUGGGAUACUAACUAUGUGCUUUAAAAUAAUGUCUUGAUCCAGCUGUAACACCAUGAAUAUUGUCCGGCUCGUGUGCCGCCAUAAGACUGCCCUGGUACUCGGGGUCCUCUGUUUGUUCGUCACCGUCCUCAUUUUCCUCGCCAAAUGCACCUCAGAGACACUGAAACCUCCCGACUCGCCUGGCUCCGCACCACGGGCUCAACCCCGACCCGAGCGUACAGCUUCACUUUCUGACGCCAAGGAGAUCUCGGCUUUCCUGGUGGUUCUUGUUACUACGGGUCCAAAAUACACUGAGCGGCGCAGCAUCAUCCGUAGCACCUGGCUCUCCAAAACCGACCCUGAUGUGCUUGCUUUGUUCGCAAUUGGCACUCUGGGCUUACCAUCCGAGGACAUGCGGAAUCUAGAGACGGAGCAGAUGCGUCACGGAGACCUUCUCCUCCUCCCCGAACUCCGUGACUCCUACGAGAACCUGACACUAAAGUUGAUACAUGCCUACUCAUGGCUCGAUCAAAAACUGGACUUCAGGUUCGUCCUGAAGGCAGACGACGAUACGUUUGCCCGUUUGGACCUGCUGAAGGAGGAGCUCAAAAGUAAGGAGCCUAGACGCCUUUACUGGGGCUUUUUCUCUGGACGAGGCCGCGUCAAAGCGGCCGGAAAGUGGAAAGAAAGCACCUGGGAGUUAUGUGACUAUUACAUACCGUACGCUUUAGGUGGUGGCUACGUGCUCUCUGCAGAUUUGGUGCAUUAUGUGCACUUGAACUCUGCUUACCUGAAGACGUGGCAGAGUGAGGACGUCUCUCUGGGCGCCUGGCUCGCGCCAGUUGAUGUGAAACGGCUGCAUGACCCGCGCUUCGAUACCGAGUACAAAUCGAGGGGGUGCAGCAAUAAGUAUCUGGUCACUCACAAGCAGAGUCUGGAGGACAUGCUCGAGAAGCAUCAGACGCUGCAGAGAGACGGACACCUGUGCAAAGAGGAAGUGAAGCUACGCCUGUCGUAUAUUUACGACUGGAGCGUUCCGCCAUCGCAGUGCUGCCAGCGCAAAGACGGUAUCCCUUGACUUCCCUGAGGAUGUCACACAUAUUCAUUGUUAUAUUUAGUGGUCCAUGCUUGACCAGCCAGCGGCUUAUGUGGACUUGCGUCACACUGUUACGAUCCAACAGUCCUCUUCUGUAUGUUUGGGGAGUUCCUUUUAAAUCCAGGCGUGACCAUGUCCAAGCUAGAUUCUGAGUGGAUUUGCAGAUAUGGGCAACAUUUAAUGGACAAAAAGCAUUGUGGAUCAGAGUUAAAACUUGGGAUACAUUUAUUUAAUAUGACUUUUAUUUAUUUGGAUUGUGCCAAUGCAACGAGUAAAACCUAACUGGAACAAAAUGCUGACAAGCAGAAAAAUCACAACAGAAAUUGAUUUGUAUAUUUGCAUAUUUCAGCUGCUGCAUACCUAAUUUUUUGAUUUUUUUUUUUUACACUAACAGACAACAUUGCUCACUUCACACUUGUUAUAUUUCAAAUAGCUCUUAAAAAUACUGUAGCAGGCAGUAUCCUGUACGAGAUCUCAUUUGCCUGUUUAUAUUUCAAUUUUGAAAUACCAUCAGCUGUAUUAAUAACACUCUGAACUCUGUUACUACUGAGCCACAGAUUAUACCUCCUUCAUGUUAUUCUCUCAAACGUUUUUGUUGCGCAGUGCACCUGUGAUCAUGUUAUUUUAUUAUAAUAAAAUUCUAAUGAAACUUCA